CCGGGCGCCGGGCCCGCAUGGCGGCCGGCACGCGCGCGGCGGCCGGGCCUCGGUCGCGAGCGGCCAUGGCCCAGUGGAGGAAGAAGAAGGGGCUCCGGAAACGCCGGGGCGCGGCCUCCCAGACCCGCAGCAGCGACUCGGAGGACGGCGAGUUCGAGAUCCAGGCGGAAGAUGACGCCCGGGCCCGAAAGCUGGGGCCUGGCAGACCCCUGCCCACCUUCCCCACCUCGGAAUGCACCUCGGACGUGGAGCCGGACACCCGGGAAAUGGUUCGAGCGCAGAAUAAGAAGAAGAAGAAGUCUGGAGGCUUCCAGUCCAUGGGCUUGAGCUACCCGGUGUUCAAAGGCAUCAUGAAGAAGGGCUACAAGGUGCCCACGCCCAUCCAGAGGAAGACCAUCCCGGUGAUCGUGGACGGCAAGGACGUGGUGGCCAUGGCCCGGACGGGCAGCGGCAAGACGGCCUGCUUCCUCCUCCCCAUGUUCGAGCGGCUCAAGACGCGCAGUGCCCAGAGCGGGGCCCGCGCCCUCAUCCUGUCGCCCACCCGCGAGCUCGCCCUGCAGACCAUGAAGUUCACCACAGAGCUGGGCAAGUUCACCGGCCUCAAGACCGCCCUGAUCCUGGGUGGGGACAAAAUGGAAGACCAGUUUGCAGCCCUGCAUGAAAAUCCUGACGUAAUCAUUGCCACCCCUGGGCGGUUGGUGCACGUCGUGGUGGAGAUGAACCUGAAGCUGCAGAGCGUAGAGUACGUGGUGUUUGAUGAAGCCGACCGGCUCUUCGAAAUGGGCUUUGCAGAGCAGCUGCAGGAGAUCAUCGCCCGCCUCCCCGGGGGCCACCAGACCGUGCUGUUCUCGGCCACGCUGCCCAAGCUGCUGGUGGAGUUCGCCCGGGCAGGCCUCACGGAGCCCGUGCUCAUCCGACUAGACGUGGACGCCAAGCUCAAUGAGCAGCUCAAGACCUCCUUCUUCCUGGUUCGCGAGGACACCAAGGCUGCCGUGCUGCUCUACCUGCUACGCAACGUGGUGCGGCCCCAGGACCAGACGGUGGUGUUCGUGGCUACAAAGCACCACGCCGAGUAUCUCACCGAGCUGCUGACGACGCAGCGGGUGAGCUGCACUCACAUCUACAGCGCCCUGGACCAGACGGCCCGCAAGAUCAACCUGGCCAGGUUCGCGCACGGCAAGUGCUCCGCCCUCAUCGUGACCGACCUGGCUGCCCGGGGCCUGGACAUCCCACUGCUGGACAAUGUCAUCAACUACAGCUUCCCUGCCAAGGGCAAGCUCUUCCUGCACCGCGUGGGCCGUGUGGCCCGGGCUGGCCGAAGUGGCACAGCCUACUCCUUGGUGGCCCCAGACGAAGUCCCCUACCUGUUGGACCUGCACCUGUUCUUGGGCCGUGCUCUCACCCUCGCCCGCCCCCAGGAGGAGCCCUCAGGUUCGGUCGGCGUGGAUGGCGUGCUGGGCCGGGUGCCGCAGAGCGUGGUGGACGAGGAGGACAGCGGCCUGCAGAGCACCCUGGAGCAGUCGCUGGAGCUGCGGGGCCUGGGCCGCGUGGCCAACAACGCCCAGCAGCAGUAUGUGCGCUCGCGGCCGGCGCCCUCGCCCGCGUCCAUCAAGAGGGCCAAGGAGCUGGACCUGGCGGGGCUGGGCCUGCACCCCCUCUUCAGCUCACGCUUCGAGGAGGACGAGCUGCAGCGGCUGAGGCUGGUGGCCAACAUCAGGAACUACCGCUCGCGGGCGACCAUCUUUGAGAUCAACGCCUCCAGCCGGGACCUGAGCAGCCAGGUGAUGCGUGCCAAGCGGCAAAAGGACCACAAGGCCAUCACCAGAUUCCAGCAGGGGCGACAGGAGGGUCUGGUGGGCCCAGCCCCGAGCCGUCCGGCACUGCAGGAGGAGCAGCCUGAAGAGGAGGAGGAGGAGGAAGGAGAGAAUGUGGAGGACGUCUUCACAGAGGUCUUGGGCAGGAAGCGGCAGCAGCCAGGACCCAACAGGAGAGCCAAGAGGCGGAGGGAGGAGGCCCAGCAGCGGGACCAGGAGUUCUAUGUCCCCUACCGGCCCAAGGACUUCGACAGCGAGCGGGGCCUGAGCGUCGGCGGUGAUGGGGGGACCUUCGAGCAGCAGGUGGCUGGCGCCGUCCUGGACCUGAUGGGGGACGAAGGACAGAACCUGACCAGGGGCCGGCAGCAGCUCAAGUGGGACCGGAAGAAGAAGCGGUUUGUGGGACAGUCAGGACAGGAGGACAAGAAGAAGAUCAAGACUGAGAGCGGCCGAUACAUCAGCAGCUCCUACAAGCGUGACCUCUACCAAAAGUGGAAACAGAAACAGAAAAUUGAUGACCGUGACUCGGAGGAGGAAGGGGCAUCUGAUAGGAGAGGCCCAGGACGAAGAGGCGGGAAGCGAGGCCGCGGCCACGCAGGUGCGUCCCAGCCCCCCACCCCUGCAGGCCGCGUGCGCUCAGAGCUCAAGACCAAACAACAGAUCUUGAAGCAGCGGCGAAGGACCCAGAAGCUGCGAUUCCUGCAGCGUGGAGGCCUCAAGCAGCUCUCAGCCCGCAACCGCCGCCGUGUCCAGGAGCUGCGGCAGGGUGCCUUCGGCCGGGGCGCCCCCUCCAAGAAGGGCAAGAUGAGGAAGAGGAUGUAAGGACCAGGACUCACUCUACAGCACCUUGCUCGGCCAUCGUGUGGACAGCAGCAGAUGUUUCCUGCACACUGCUGUGUGCGUGGCACCAGGGCAGCUCCUUGCAGAAGCCGUCGUCUAUGAAAAGGAGUGCUGUAUGGCCACAGAAGGUCAGCAGCUGCCUCUGCCUAGGACAGAGACAUUGGAGCAGGGUCGCGAAGGGUGUGUAGGAGUUCGCCAGCAAAGCCAGGCAGGCCAAGACCUGAGUUGGCAACUCAGCUGCUGCUGCUUCCAUGUGUUCUGGGUUCAGAGGUCACGGCUGCACAGGCCUGAGCCCUGAGUGCCUCAGGGUCCAGUAAUGGAGUUUUUUAUGGAAUAAAUCUUUAUUGAGCACUU